AUGGCCUCGCCGUCGUCCCCUAGCCGCCGGCUCGCCGGAUCCCUAAUCCUGCGGCCAGGCGCGGAGGGGUCUCUGAUCCCGGGGCUCCCGGACGACGUCGCGGCCGUCAUCCUCUGCCUGCUCACGUUCCCCGACCAGUCCCGCCUCCGCGCCACCUCCCGCGCGUGGCGGCUCCUCCUCUCCGCCGCGACGCUUCUCCCGCUCCGCCGCAGCCUCCGCCUGCCUUCCCGCCACCUCGUAUGCCUUUUCCCCACCGACCCAUCCCUCGCCUCCCCCAUCCUGCUCGACCCUGCUGCCCCCACCGCCUGGUGGCCCCUCCCGCCGAUCCCCUGCUCGCCGCAGCUAUACGGCCUCGCCAAUUUCGCCGCAAUCGCCGUCGGGAGCCACCUCUACGUCCUCGGCGGUUCUCACUUCGACGCCCGGAGUUAUCCCCUUGGCCACCCCUCACCCUCCGCCGCCGCCUACCGACUCGACCUCGCCCUCUCUCGCCACCGCUGGGAGCGCCUCCCGGACAUGCACAUCCCGCGCGGGAGCUUCGCCUGCGCUCCCGCGCCCGGCGGCGGGGUCGUCGUCGCAGGCGGCGGGUCCAGGCACCCGACGCUCCCCUCCUCUGGCAGCCGCACAAGCAGCACCGAGUGGUACGACGCCGCCACGCGUACCUGGCACAUGGCCACGGCGAUGCCCCGGGAGAGGGCCGGGUGCGUGGGAUUCGUGGCGCACGGGGCAGGGGGUGUGGGAGAGGAUGAAUUCUGGGUGAUGGGCGGGUACGACAGGUAUACCACAGUGGGGGGAGUGGUGCCGAAUGACCUCUACUGCCGGGACGCCAUGGCGCUCGGACUGUGGAGCGGCAAGUGGAGGGAGAUUGGAGAUAUGUGGGUGGAAGGGGAGAGACGUCGACUCGGACCGGUGGCCGCCAUCUCUGCAGAGGAUGGGAAGGUUACAGAUGUGUUCAUGCUCGACGGAGACGAUAUCUUCAGGUAUGACUUUGCUUCAAACGGGUGGUCGAAGGAGGCUACUUUGAGGAGAAAGAUCCCAGAGACUGAUCUGUGUGGCUUCGUAUCAUUGAACGGUGAACUGCAUGUGCUUAAAUCUGCCAAACUUCCUGCCGAAACCCUCCAUCCUCGGAGGCAGUUAAAGAAGAGGCUGGCUUUGGAGUUUCAUGUUUAUAACCCGCUGGCAAGGAAAUGGAGAGUGUUCACCACAUAUCCCCCCGUCAGUGUGCCCAUCGAUUUCAGAACAGCAGCUCUUUGUACAGUUGAGUUGUAG